AUGGGUUCCAACAAAUUCAGUUCCAAUAUACCAGCAAGCUUAGGGAAUCUUAAAGAUGUAUUGUCUCUUGACUUGUCGUCAAACAACAUGGUUGGUUCUUUACCUCUCGAAAUCGGAAAUUUAAAGGCUGCGACACUGAUAGAUCUGUCAAUGAAUCAAUUCUCAAAUGGAAUUCCUAUAGAAAUUGGAGGAUUGCAGAAUCUGGUGCACCUUUCUUUGAGGCACAACAAGUUACAAGGAUCUAUACCUGACUCAUUGAGCAACAUGGUAGGUUUGGAAUUCCUAGACCUUUCUCAUAACAAUAUAUCGGGAACCAUUCCUAUGUCUUUGGAGAAACUUCAAAACAUGAAGUAUUUCAAUGUUUCUGUCAACAUGUUGCAUGGUGAAAUUCCCUCGGGGGGUCCUUUCAAGAACCUCUCGAGUCAGUUUUUCAUCAACAAUGAAGCAUUGUGUGGUUCUUCAAGGCUUAGUGUCCCGCCAUGCCCCACAUCAUCAAAGCAUAGAUCAAAUAGGAAAAAAUUGCUUGUUCUAUUUCUUAUGCUGGGAGUUGCACUUGUAUUUGUUCCUAUUACCCUUUUGUUUGUAUGGAUAAGGUAUAGAAGAGAUAAGAAAUACCCUCAACAAGAUGAUUCAUUGUCUAUUUCAACGAGAAGAAGAAUUUCAUACUAUGAAUUGCUCCAAGCAACUGAUUCUCUCAGCGAGAGUAAUCUGAUUGGUUCCGGAAGUUUUGGCUCUGUCUACAAAGGCAUUCUCAGAAGUGGGACUGCUAUUGCAGUUAAAGUGUUUAAUCUGCAACUGGAUAUGGCAUUCAAGAGUUUCAAUACAGAAUGUGAUGUUUUGCGCAACCUUCGCCAUAGGAAUCUCAUAAAAGUCAUCACUAGUUGUUCCAACAUUGAUUUUAAGGCUUUAGUGCUCGAGUAUAUGCCUAAUGGGAGUCUUGAGAAGUAUUUGUAUUCUCACAACUACUUCUUGGACAUCAAGCAAAGACUAAGCAUAAUAAUAGAUGUGGCAUGUGCAUUGGAAUAUCUCCACCAUGGCUGUUCCUCGCCCAUAAUUCACUGUGAUCUAAAGCCUAGUAAUGUCUAG